GUAUCAGCGUUUACAAGUAUUCCAACCACCGUAACUAUCGUUUCACGUCCAUUGUGCGUGUGUUUUGUUUGUUUAACUCCGGACAAGCUUGAAGUGCACCAAGGAAACCAAAAUGACUGUCAACGAGAAAACCCGGCUGCUGCCAAAGGAGUACCAGAAAUCAUACGUCAUUCCAAUCCCGCAGGAAGAUCUAAACAACAAUACCACCACGAGUCUAAUCAAUGAAUUCAACUCGUACGCGCUGACGAAAGAUGAACUUGCCAAAUACAUUGACGACCCGUUCUGGAGCCGAGUUCGGCAAAUCUGUUUCUCCCUUUACUGGCUGUUGUGUUUAGUGGCUUUAGCAAUCUCCUGUUAUAUUUCCGUGUCAGCAAGUAGCAACAAAUUUUGCGACGCUAUCUCCAAUGGAUCACAAACCGACGACCUAACGAGCUCAUCCAGUGUGAUGACAAUUUCUGCAUCUAUGGAAAUCGGAUCCAAUACUGAAAACGUCAAUAUUAUGUUUCCUUUGCUCAGCCAGUCGACGUGAAACUGAACCUGUCCAAACAGGACCAGAUUGCUGUGAUCGAACUAAUCGUAGUUUUAGGCUUGUGACGAAUUUCCAUGAUAGUCUGAUCAAUAUUUAUUUCUGUUCAAUUAACUAUAGUACUUCAUAAUUGACAACGUCACUUAAGUGCAACUCAUCGGAACAUCUGGAAUGGCGAUCCGAUUACAUUAUUAAGCUUAUAGAAUAGAACAACCACUGAUAACUCAUCUGCAUACGUGGCAAUACGAUGAAUGUACAACAAACCUUGCACUUGUUUAUCAAAUUACAUUAGCGCAUGGUUGAGAACUGGAACAUAACCUUUCACAGUGUCUCCAAAUACAAGCUCCUGAUUAAACCGGGUGGCGGCUAGAAGAUGCAUUUCAGCGCAUUAUACAUUAGUAAGAUUGUACAGAACCGAUAAGACAGUCCUUGAAAAAAAAACUGAUGUAAUCUUAGGAGAAAUUUCUUCAGCUUCAUUGCCCCGCGUUCGUAAAUAAAUUUCAUUGAUUAGAGCGACCGUCGAGUGGCGCAAAUAAAUAAUAAAAUAUGUGAAUAUUUGUAAAA